AUGUCGACCGCUUUCAGAUCAGUGGCGCCGUUCUUGCGGACCGCGCGCCACGGCCUUAACCCGCUUCAGUCCGCCAUCAAGAAGCAAAGCGCCUCCGGCAUCCUCAACCUCUAUCGCACAUACGCCGUCUUCGAGCGAACGAAACCCCACGUCAACAUUGGCACAAUUGGCCACGUGGAUCACGGCAAGACUACUCUCUCGGCCGCCAUCACCAAGAGACAAGCCGAGAAGGGCUUCGCCAACUUCCUCGAGUAUGGAGCUAUCGACAAGGCCCCCGAGGAACGGAGGCGUGGCAUCACCAUCUCUUCAGCGCACAUCGAGUACUCCACCGAGAACCGGCACUACUCUCACGUCGACUGCCCUGGUCACGCCGAUUACAUCAAGAACAUGAUUACCGGUGCCGCCAACAUGGACGGCGCCAUCAUCGUCGUCGCUGCCUCCGAUGGCCAGAUGCCGCAAACGCGUGAGCACUUGCUCCUUGCCCGACAGGUCGGCGUCAAGAGGAUCGUCGUCUUCGUCAACAAGGUCGACGCCAUCGAUGACCCUGAGAUGCUGGAACUCGUUGAGAUGGAGAUGCGAGAGCUUCUCGCCACCUACGGCUUCGAGGGCGACGAUACCCCCGUCAUCAUGGGUUCUGCCCUCAUGGCCCUCAACAAGCAGAAGCCAGAGAUUGGCGAGCAGAAGAUUGACGAGCUCCUCAAGGCAGUCGACGAAUGGAUUCCCACCCCCGAGCGUGACCUCGACAAGCCUUUCCUCAUGUCUGUCGAGGAUGUCUUCUCCAUCUCCGGCCGUGGCACCGUCGUUUCUGGUCGGGUCGAGCGCGGUGUUUUGAAGCGCGAGGAUGAGAUUGAGGUCGUCGGCAAGGGUACCGAGGUGAUCAAGACCAAGGUCACCGACAUUGAGACGUUCAGGAAGUCUUGUGCGCAGUCGCAGGCUGGCGACAACUCCGGACUCCUCGUCCGCGGUAUCCGCCGCGAGGAUAUCCGCCGCGGUAUGGUCGUCUGCAAGCCCGGCACCGUCAAGUCGCACUCUCAGUUUCUCGCUUCGCUCUACGUCCUCAGCAAGGAUGAAGGUGGCCGACACACUGGUUUCCGCGAGAACUACCAACCGCAGCUCUACCUCCGAACCUCGGACGAAGCAGUCAAUCUGACUUUCCCCGAGGGCACCGAGGGCGCGUCCAGCAAGAUUGUCAUGCCCGGUGACAACGUCGAGAUGGUCGUCACUCUGGUCCACCCCAACGCUAUUGAGGUGGGCCAGCGGUUCAACAUUCGCGAGGGAGGCAGGACUGUGGCCACCGGCCUGGUCACCCGCAUCAUGAAGUAA